AUGCAUUUACUUCAAGCGUUGGCUUCGGUGGCCUACCUUGCUAUCGGCGUUCAGUCGCAUUCACCCUACAAAUAUGCUCGACAAUCCGACAACUUGAUCAUCACCCUGGCCCCUGUUCCGGGGAAGCCGACCGAGGUCAAGGCGACAAUCACAAAUGAUGGGGCGGUAGAUUUGAGUUUGUUGAAGAUUGGUACAUUCCUUGAUGAAAGGCCAGUCGAGAAAGUGAAACUGAUGGACGAGAAUGGAGAUACUGUUCCUUUCAUGGGUAUCAAGCUGAGCCUAGACUAUGAAGGAGUUCGUGCUCAAGACUAUGAAGUCUUAUCGGUUGGCUCUUCUAUCCUUCGAACUGUGGACCUGUCAACGAUAUAUGACCUCAAACCUGGUACUUACUCUGUCCAAGCCGAGGGCACAAUCCCUUCAGUUCUGGGAAAGACAAAAGAGCCCACUUUGAUCUCUUUCAAGUCCCAACCGCUCUCAAUCACCAUUGACAAAGCAUCAUCAGCGGAGGUUAAGCAGAAGGCAUCGAAGCGAACUAUUAUCCAGGAAGACUCAUGCGAUGCUGAAAAGCUCAAAGCCACUUCAGACGCUGUACGAAACUGCGAGAAGCUGGCUCGAGCUGCGGCCGCCGAUUCUUCAAACGUGCACUCGGCCAGAUUUGUAGAGUACUUCAAGUCCAACGAGACCCAAGCUCGCGAGCACGUCACAGGCCGGCUUCUGGCCGUCGCUGAAGAGUGUGCUACCUCUGACAGCGGCAACACAAGAGUUCUCUGCUCAGACCAGUUUGGAUAUUGUGAGAGCGAUGGGCCCUUGAUUGCUUACACGACCUGGGUCAAUGGCUAUAUCACCAUGUGUCCGAUGUUCUACGAGACGCGGCCCCCACUACCUGAACAGUGUCAUAAGCAGGAUCAGGCCACUACGACGAUCCAUGAGAUGACGCAUGCAAGAGCUGUGUAUGAGCAGGAGGUUUCGACGCAGGAUUAUGCGUAUGGUUAUGAGAACGCGACCGCUUUGGACGCUCUUUCUUGUCUCUAUAAUGCUGAUCAAUAUUCGUUAUAUGCCAAUGCUGUCUAUAUGAACUGCUAG